AUGACAGCAAUCCAACAGUCAUAUUCAUUUGACUGGGCUGGCGAUGCUUUCACUGCCAUGCAACAGUCCAACGCAAGCCCACAGCAAGCCAAGUGGGCGACUGCCUUCAGCAAUUCCACCUCUAUGCCGCCCCAGCAGCCCAUCUCCAUUCCACCUUCCCUGCUUACACACGCCACAAUGGAGCGCUAUGGUCAAGUCACCCCGCCAGAAGAGCACUCCCCAGUUCAACCCAAUCGCGAAGAUCGCGAAGGCUCAAUUCCCUUCGACGAAUUGCGGAACGAGACCGCCCUAAGGCCCAAGCAAGAACCCUCGCCACACAUGUCGCCCGCAAAGCGACAACGCCCUAGUCGCCAUGAUUCGGCCAAUCAGGAUAUGGUUGCCGGUGAACUGCCUAGCGCCGCCGUCCCGCAACACCAAGACAAUGCCGACGGCAACCCCCAGCCGCCGAAGCGCAAGCGGGGAAGGCCCAAGUCGCAACCUCAGAUGAUUGAGGCCUACACUGCAGACGGCUAUCCCUUCCAGGUCUCUUCUGCCCGACAGACCCAUCUCGAGAAGAACCGUGUCGCUGCUCACAAAUGCAGGCAGCGCAAGAAGGAGUACAUCAACAGCCUCGAAGGCCGCGCACGCGAAUUCUCCGCAAAGAACAAGAUGCUCAAGGAGAAUGUAGCUCUCUUACGUGAGGAAGUCCUUGAUCUUAAGAACGAAGUACUGGCCCAUGCCGGCUGUGGCUUCUGGGCCAUCGACGAGUACCUAGCGAGAUGUGCUGGUGGCCUUCUCGGUAUGGAUGCACCUGCACCUGGUAUGCCUGGCCACCACGCCGCACCACGGCUCAACAACAGCAAUCACAGCCCCGUCAUGGCUUCCCCCAGCACCGCUCACCAACAUGCCCGGGAGACCAGUAUGGGAUCCAUGAGUUCCGGUGAUGCCGAUGACUUUGGCGGCCUCGAACUCCUCAAGGACUUUACCGAUGAAGACAUGGAUGAUUUGGAGGCAUAG